AUGGGUAUCAGCAAAGAGAGGGUUACGCCCAUCAAGGCGAACAUGAAAUGUCUGUUGUUCUGCCUUGCCGUCUCAAUGGCAAAUUGUCAGUAUGGCUUCGACACGGCCACUGUCGGGGGUUUCCAGGCCAUGAUUGGCUUCCUCGAAAUCUUUGGAUAUCGUGACCCCGAUUCCCCGACCGGCUGGGGUAUUGACACGCAGACACAGCAGCUGAUGACCAGUCUGAUCAACGUGGGAACCAUCGCCGGUGUCUUUGUCACGGCCCCUUUUGCCCGCUACUUUGGUCGUCGGGAGGGCAUCUGGGUGGCCUCGAUCAUCAACUUCGUGGCCGCGGGUGUCCAGGUCGGCACGACUUCCAUCGGCGGGCUCUACGCUGGCAGAGCUCUCAUCGGGUUGGCCAACGGAUACUUCAUCACCUUUGCCAACGUCUGGGUUGCCGAGGUAGCCCCAGCCCAUCUUCGUGGCCUGCUGGUCUCUUUCUUCGGAGUCUGGGUCAACAUCGGAAGUGUGCUGGGCGCUGUGGCCAACAACUACUCGAAACAGCAUGUGAAUAAGCUGUGCUACCAGAUCCCGUUGGCGACCAUGUUUGCAGUGCCGUUUCUUCUGAGCAUCUUCAUGUUCUUCAUCCCAGAGUCUCCAAGAUGGCUGCUCGUGCACAACAAACCCGAGCAGGCGAGACGGGCUCUCGAGAAACUUCGAGGCAGUUCUCUAGCGCCCGAGUUCCUGAACGAAGAGUAUGUCGAGAUGGUCCGGGGUAUUGAGGAGGAAAAGGAACUGGCCUCUUCGGCUUCUUACUUUGACAUCUUCAAGGGCACCGACUUGAGGCGGACCAUCAUCUGCUGGGGCACCAUCAUGUCGCACUCGGCCGCCGGGCUCUGGCUCAUCAUCGGCUAUGGCACCUUCUUCUUCCAGAUCGCCGGCGUGGACAAGCCGUUCGAGGCCUCGAUCAUCUCGACUUGCGGUAGCUUCGCCGGUGUGCUCGUGGGUCUCUACUUCACCACAAAGGUCAUUGGGCGUCGCACCUCGAUGCUCUUCGGCUCGGCCAUGGCUUCGCUCUGCAUGCUGGCUAUCGGCGUCGCGUAUGUCACGGGUGGCACGUCGAAGCCCGCUGGGUCGGCCAUCGUUGCCUUCAUGGUCCUCUAUGGAUUCUUCUACAAUGGCUUCUCCGGCACGCUCAGCUGGCCCAUCGCCACCGAGGUCUGCAGCUCACGUCUCCGUGUCCUCACCAUUGGCCUGUGCACGGGCAUCAAUUACUUCUUCAACUGGCUCACGUCUUAUACCGCCCCUUACUUCAUCAAUCCGACCCAAUUGAACUGGGGCGGCAAGUAUGCAUUUAUAUGGGCAGGGUCGAAUUUUUGUGUCUUCCUCUUCUUCUUCUUCCUGCUCCCCGAAAUGAAAGACCGCUCUCUCGAAGAGUUGGACGAGCUCUUCCAGAACCGCGUCUCUGUCCGCGACUUCAAGAAGUACCAGUGCGUGAGCUCUGAGAGGGCACGGGAGGUCGCACUGAAGGAGACUGGCGGUGAUGGGACGAAGACGGAUGUUGUCGUCGAGACGGUUGAGGAUGCUACUGCUGUGGCGGCGUCGAAAGUCUGA